ACUUGUCUUGGAAGGAUCAGAGCUGCUUGAACUCUUGUCUUUUAUUUCUUGAAGAUUUAGCCCAAGCUCUGAAACUGGAAAUGUGCUUUGUUACAAUGUAGUUUUGGUACAUCGAAUUCCAAGUCUUCACUUUGACUUUUUUCCGACUUCACCAAGUCCCAAGUGCAUAUCGCCUUUUCAAUUAUUUACAUGUCCUGCCUGAGCUGAUCUGCUGAGUGUCACCGUCGUUACAUCGUUGCAAAAAAGUGAAGCUAUAUCCUCCUAUUUGUACAUGCGCAUGCGCGUAUGUUUCUUCUCAAGCUUGAAAAUUGAAAAAUGGCUGGUCGUAACGAUGAAGACCUUGGGAUGUUCAGCAACUUGUACCAAUCCCUCACUGAUAGAGGGCCAAACAAGCGGCGCAUCAAACCACUGGAAGGAAAUCUACUCCAAAUGACUUUCGGAAUGGCGAGCUCAGACGAGGAUGACUCUGAUUUUGUUGCUCAAGAACACAAAGGUGAUUCGGAAGACGAACAGAGUGGAGAGGAUACCCAGUCAUCACAAGACGUCACCAGCAGCCAAGAUGCAUCUGGCCCGGUGAGUCGUAGCAAGGCCAACACAGGCAAGAUGAUCAGUCUUAGUGAUCUGAGCGACUUUGAAGAGGCUGAUGCGCACUCUGAUAACGAUGCUGACUCGGAGCAGGAGAGCAGCAGCGACGAAGAUGACGAAUCACCCACCGCAUCAUCAAAGGUAGGGAUAGCCAGCAGUGCUGCGGCUGGCAAGGGCAUUCUCGAACACGACUUCAACAGCGACAGCGACACGAGUUUUAAUCCAGGACAGAGCUCUGAGGAUGACGCCGACUCUGACCAGGACGGGGAGCGUUCAGUGGAGAGGCGCAGUGUACACCGUCGCUCUGCCGCUGUCAAGGCAUCCAGUGCCAUCACGCUUGGGGACAUGAUCUCGGCCAUGACCAAGCAGGCAUCGACAUCCGAUGCAGGAUCUCAGCCACUUGUGUGCUCCGUGUGCUUGGACACAGAAUCCAAACCGAGCACUGGAGAUGCGUCUGAAGAUGACAAUGAUGGAGAGAUGUAUCAAUGUGACAAAUGUGGUGUUGCUGUUCAUGAAGGCUGUUUUGGCCUGGGAGCGGAUAGCAGCAGCGAGGAAUCAUCCGAUGACGGUGAUAAGGAUGGCCCUUCGCCACGGCUGGAAGCUUGGUUUUGUGAUGUUUGCCGAGCUGGUGCCAGGCCAUUCUGUGCGCUGUGUCUGAGUGGAGGACCCGGUGUUUACAAGCCCACUGCUGAUGGACGCUGGGUUCACACAGUCUGUACGCUGUACACACCUGGUGUAGUCUACGGCCGUAUGAAGUACCUGAGUCCAGUCAAGCUUUCUAGGAUUGCCCGCAGCCGAUGGAACGCCAAGGCAUGUGACCUAUGUGCGGGCACUGAGACAGCGUCGCUUGGCGUCUGCAUACAGUGUGAUGCCGGCCUAUGCCGUAGCAAAUUCCACGUCACUUGUGCGCAGAAAUUUGGCUUGCUGUGUGAAGCACCGAGCAAUGAGGUUGUUGCCGAUCCAUUCUUUGCACUCUGCCAUCAGCACUGUGACAAAUCUGAGUCGAAAGCUAAGAUGUUGCGCUUCCAGAUUGCUCUGAAGCAAUGCGAAAACUUCAAGCCUGAGCUUGAACCAGCUACCAUCAACGCCAGCCUUGACAAAGCACAGAAGCGCUUUGCACGCGUUGCGCCGCUCCGUCUCUACAGGCAGACUGAAACAUCCUCUUCAUCAUCCAGUGAAGGAGCGUCGAAGACGAAUGAGGACCGUGGCAGUCAGCCGGUUGCGACGGCAGGACCUGUUCAACCAGUUUCACCUCAGCUUUCGAGGACCUAUGUUCAGUAUCAAGCUGUUCGUGAUGUGGAGGUGGUGCACCUAGAGACCACACUGCUCGAUACAGACAAAACCUGCGUGAAUCUGCUUGAGGAGAAGGAAGAGUGGGAGAGUCGCUUUGAAAAGGUGUCUGAGCAAGUGCGCGGCUUACGCUCUGAAAACGCCAAUCUGCGUGGCCUUGGUACCAGCUUUAUUCAAACUGUUGCCACGUUGCAUCAGUCGCCGUUGCAAGUGCCUGCGUACAUCGUUGAAGACGUCAUUGGCAAGAAACUGGAGAAGCAGCGCCUACAGGAUCAGCAGAAACAGAAGCAGGAGAGUGCCAGAAAGGCCCAGGAAGUGGCUGCAGCUGCUGAAAAGGCUAAGGCAGAUGCUGCUCGUUCCACUGUCCGUGCUGCAGCUAAGUCUAGUCGCUCCAAGCCUGGCCGACCACGGAAGAGGGCAAAGCUAUUGGUGAAAAUUGAAGCUAACGAUCUCAAGUGCUGCCGAUGCAGCCUGGCCACGGACAGUAACAAUAUAAUUGAUUGUGACCGAUGUCACCUGGCUUACCACAUCUAUUGUCUUGAUCCACCACUCAAGCGGAAACCCCAGAAGACAAACAUUUGUGGAUGGCAGUGCCUAGACUGUGACACCAGCGAUAGUGACUUCUAUUGGCGUCCAACAACACAGAAAGAUCAACAGCAGCAGCAGGAGGAUGGUAGUGAUGAUGCGGCGGGUGCAUCUAGUGUGACCAAGCGAGGCCGGAGAGUGCUGCAGCCUGCCAAGCUUUGUGUUUCACCAACUGCUCCGAAACCAAGAGGUCCAGGUCAGCAGCAGCAGCAGCAGAGACGUCGGCGACGCCGGUCCAGUGUUCUAUCUAGCGAUGGCAGCGCUGUGGCACCGCCACCCAAGAAGAGAAAGGUCCGACAGCCCGCUGCACCCAAGGCAGUGAGAGUGAAGAAAGAAACAGAUGAGAGAACUGUGUGUCAUGUCUGCAAAGAGCCGGGAUCUAACUCUACACUCGUGAGGUGCGACGAAUGCAAGAAUUGCUUCCACUUUCCUUGUUUGGAUCCCCCGAGAAAGAGCUGCCCAAAGAGUCGAGGCUACUCGUGGCGCUGCUCCAGCUGUGACUCAAGUGAUUCUGAUAGCAGUCAGGGUCGGCAGUCUGCUGAAGACUUGGUGGGCAACGAAGACGUCCUGGACAAAGCUGAAGCAACUGCUGAUAAGAUGGAGCAGCAGCAGCCGAAGAUUACCCGGAGGCGUAGCUCUAAAGCCUCGCCGGGCCAUUCCACCGUGACGUCACCACGCAAGAAAAGCACCGAGCCACGGGACAACGCCAAGGUAACCUCCAGUCCUGGGCACGUCCACGGUAGUACAUCGAGCGUUCGUCUACACCCUGCUGCUGGUAGCAAUGGUACCUCCACGGCUAGAGUGGACUUGUCGGAGCGUGUACGUCAGACCUCUAUCACCCUUGUGACAGGCGACUUAGCCAAUGCCGUCGGCUCGCUAGUGUGUGGCCGUCUUUCUCCGCCUGGUCCUUGUAGCAAGCCUAACGAUGUGCAUGUAGCAACGCAGGCGCCCAGCACUGCACCAGUGCCUGCUCCGAACGGCACUGCGUAAUGUGCUGUUGUAGGAUUAUGAUGACGACGACGACGACGACGAUGUGCUGCUCAUGUUCUGUAAGCAAGUGUGACGAUGUGGUUUGCCACACAUGUGCAAUGCUGCCCACCGACACCACAACAUACACUUCCGGGCACCUGCCUGAGGAGGUAGCCAGGUGUGGCUGCUGCUUCUUCUUCUGGAUCGUCUGCCUGGCCUAUUCACAUGUUCCAAGUGUUGGUUACUGCAUCCAUUACCAUGGUUACCUCUGCCAGUGUGGCCGUCACUAUGGUUACUUUUGCCACUGUGGCCGUCACUAUGGUUACCUCUGGUCCCUACGCGGUCCCUACAGCCGUCACUAUGGUUACCUCGUUACUUGCACAGCUGUGUUGGCAUAGAGCUGGACGCUGCCAGUUUUCUUCUUGUGCUUGUUGCAUGCUGCGGCACUCUACCAGUGCAUAUUGUGUACAGUGCUAGCAGAACAAGUUGUUGUUGUGAAGAGGCAACCAGCAACCUUGCGCCGCUCACUGUGCUAUGGAUUCAGGCUUACUGAUACGCUUAUUUCAGGUGAUCAUCGGCUUCUGCCUGGCUAACACCUACAGCUGAUGUUGGUAGGAUUGUGUGUAUGUGCGCGUGCGUGUGUGUGUGUGUGUGUGUGUGUGUGUGUGUGUGUGUGCGUACAUGUGAGUAUAGGUGUGUGUGUGUGUUUGCGCGCGCGCGCGCGCGCGCGUGUGUGUGGUACAUGAUGUGAGUGAGUGUGCAGGGUACAUGGUGCAUGUGUGUGUACGUCUCUCUGUCUUGUUCCCCUUUACUCCUGUAUUAAGUUUCCGUGAUCUUAGUCGUUACAAAUGCUCCAAUUCCAACUGCUGGCUGAUUGUGUUGAUGUUGUGCCCAUGUGCUGCCAGACACUACCUUAGUUACCACUAACUUCAAAUUUUAAUCCCAAAAUAUACCAUCAAUAUUCAAGUGCCCAAGACCUAUUGUGCCGCAUCUCUAUUAGCUCCUUUAUCCGUUCCGCGAAAUAAUCGCAUCAGGCUGUCUUGUGUUCCUUGCCCGUAGCCUUGUCUGUCUACCAAUCCCGUGCGAUAAUGCAGGGACGGAAUACAGUCUGCAUUCUACUGCUUCAGCCCUGCUGCUGCUGUUGCUGCAGUGGUGUGUAGCUGCUUUAGGCUGCCUUGUUUUGAAUAUGCAUGUAGGCAAAAUGUGCCAUUAUUAGCAAUAUUCCCCUCCUGUUUAGGCUUCAUUGUUUUCCCAUGCCCCCCCCCCCCCCCGUGGCGCGUAUUGAUUUUUCGUUGUGCUCAAUCUGCAGUGCUUUGUUUGUGGUACCUUAGCAUGGCGUGAUCCGUUCGUGUCAAUUCCCUUACUCCAUGCGGUCGAUUGCACAUCAUAGCUUGUGUGACUGGCUUCUGCUUCUGCUGCUGCUACCAACUACUACUAGUAGUACUGUCAUCGUCUAGUGCUUCACUCAAUGACGUUCUGAGUAAUCUGAAGGUCCAUAUCCAUGCAUGCCCAGUGCUGCAGGACCAACAAGUCCA